AUGGCGUGUAAGACCGAUAUGGAUAAUACCGUUAACGAACGUCGUUUACGUCCGAUAUACGAUUGGUUGGAUAAUGGAAAUAAUAAGAAAGCCCUUCAAGAAGCAGAUAAGGUACUUAAAAAGCAACCAAGUAAUCAAUGUGCUAGAGUACUCAAAGCUUUGGCUUUACUACGACUUGGUAAAGAAAAUGAAUGUCAAGUUAUUAUGGAUAAAGUACGUUCUGAAGUUCCUUGUGAGGAUUCUACUCUACAGGUCAUGAGUAUUUGUUAUAGAGAAAGACAUCAACCGGACAAAAUUAGUGAAGUUUAUGAAGCAGCAGCAAAAGUAGAUCCUAAUAAUGAAGAAUUAUUAAUUCAUCUUUUUAUGUCUUAUGUUCGUCUUGGAGAUUAUAAAAAACAACAAAACACAGCACUUGCCUUAUAUAAACUGAAACCAAAAAACCCCUAUUAUUUUUGGGCUGUGAUGAGUGUAGUUAUGCAAGCUAUACAUGCAGAUGAAAAAUUAGCAAAAGGAGUUGCUUUACCAUUAGCAGAAAGAAUGGUAUUGAAGUUAAUUAAAGAGGGAAAAAUGAAAGCAGGACAAGAAGUACAACUUUACUUAAUGAUAUUAGAGCUUCAAGGUAAAAAUGAAGAAAUGUUAAAUGUUUUAUCUGGACAUUUAGCUUCAUAUCUUUCCUCUGCUGCACAACGUAAGGCAGCACUUUUACUAAAAUUGGAACACUUUCCUGAAGCAGUUAAUGCAUAUAUAGAAUUAAUUAAUGAAAAUUUUGACAAUUGGGCAUAUUAUCAAGAAUAUCUUCUAGCAGCUCUUAAGUUUCAAAAACCAAUAGAAUGUUCAAAUUUCCUUAAUAAGUGUAUAAUUGCAUCAGGAAAAAAAGUUAGAGCUCCUUAUCUUGCAAAGUUUGAAUUAUUAAAGCUUACUAAAAGUGGAGAAGUCAUUGAAAAUGUCAUUGAACCAGUUGACCUAAUGUAUCAGUAUUUCUCACAGUUUGGAGAAAAAGGCUGUGUAGUUGGAGAUUUACGUCUUUACAUACAUUUAUUAACAUCUGCAGGCAAACUACAGUUGCUUCAGAAAAUAGAGGAAGAUGUAGGUGUUAAAGCUGAAGGAUUUCCAACUACUGUACAACAAAUACAGAGACAUAUUCACUUAGAGCAAUUACGUCGUAUUUGUGGUUUUCAUCAUUCCCCCAAUGCUGAUAUAAAUAAGCAGAAACAAUUGGUAGAACGGUUAUGUAAAUUGUAUGAAAAGGGUAAUGAAUUAUGUCCAGUUCAAGACAGAUUACCAACAGAUUAUUGUCCUGCGGAUUCGUAUAUCCUUUUAGCAACGCAUUUAUUGCAUGAAUUAUGGUGCAAUACAAAUGAUGCAGUUUCUAGGGCAAUGGAACUACUAGAACGUGGUUUAUUAUCAAGUCCUGCAAAUUUUCAUAUAAAAAUUUUAUUAAUACGAAUAUACUUGGAAGCAGGAUUAGUAGGAGCAGCUGAUCAUAUUUUUAUGUUAUUGGACGUUAAACAUAUUCAAUUAGAUUCAUUGGGCUAUUUACAUGUACCAUUACUUGCUCCACUUGGCCAUCUUUCAUUAGCUUCCAUAACUUUAGAUCAUGCUACUAAAUUUUUUAUUGCAUAUUAUAAAGAUUGUGCAGAUUAUUUAACGUUUGCCUAUAAAUACGGAAGUUUUAUAAAGAUUCAAGAAUUCGUUGAGUUAAAAGAACGUUUGGAAAAUUCUUUUCACUUUGUUAUGACUACUGUAGAUAAGAUGCUUCUGGAAUUAGGUUGGUGCAGUAGUUCCACAUCUUUGAUUUCCACCUUAGAUAAUAUGGAUAUACAAUUAACGGAGGAUUCAGUACGAUUAAAUUCUUUACGAGAUAAUCGUGAUUUAGAGGUUGUUCAUGGAUGGGAACCGCUUACUGAAAAUGGAGAAGAUCUUAGGAUGCAAGAAGAAACACGCGUAUGCAUGUUAAGAUUACUUGCAGUGAGAAAUUUGAUUUUAAAAAUUUUAGCGGCGUGUGCAACAUCUGAUAGUUCCUCUCUUCUUUCCCGAUUCUCUAAUGAACUGAAGCAGUUAAAUAAUGAACAGAUUCCUUUGAUUCUUGGAAAAUUUGAUUCAGAGGGAAAGAAAAAUAAACCUUGUAAAAUGUUAGUUCCUAUGGAUGCAGUCGAAAGGUUACGCGAAGCUCAUUAUUCCGAGCAAUUAAAAACGAUUGCGCACCUCGCAGAAUCGCUUGUUCAGUCGCGUUAUCCUGAUUUCGAAUGUAUUCAAAUGUUGCGAGCGUCUCCAUGCCUUCAGACAAUAGAUAUCCCAGAAAAGAGAGUUCCAGUGUCUUUCAAGCAUUUUUUAUUAAGAGCAUCCACAUGUAGUGAGUCUCUUGCAAUUAUUAGUGCCAUAUGUACUCUGUGUGCGACACAAUUACAACCUAAGACUUUACAAAAGAAAAACAAGAAGAAAUGUAACAAGCAAAUAACGUCUGUAUCAUCAAAUGAUAAUGAUCAUAAUUGGAAAGAAGUUGCGGUAUUGCUGGAAGAAAGGGUUCAAAAUUUAGAUACAGUACUAACAGAAUUUGAAAAGUAUCAGUUACACACAGGACUGAGCAAUAAAGAAGAUCAUGUGUGUGCUACAAUAAUUAAAUAUGGACAAGACAGUCUAGGACAAAGUUGCAGAUGGUUAAAAUCUCGAGCUCAAAUCACGCUAAAACUUCUAAGCAGUUUAAAAAGCUGAAA